AUGGCGGCCGCCGCAAAGGUGCUUCCUUCUCUAACUGCAAUCUUUCUUCUUGUUCACUUGGUUACCACGGUGGCAGCUUCCUCCGUCGGCCAUGAGAUCCGCAGAGGCUUCUCAGCUGCCCACGACACCUCCUACUCCCAGUUCCAGCCCCUGCUCGCCGACCCCACUGGCGUCUUCUCCCUCGGCUUCCUCCGCGCCGCCGCCUCCGACUCCGACUCCGACUCCGACCAGCUAAACCUUGUUGUCCUCCACCUCGCCUCCUCCACUGCUCUCUGGCACGCCGCCCUCGCGCGUUCCCUCCUCUGGGAGGCACCUGUUUCCUUAUCCUUCAACGGCAGUCUUGUGCUGUCGGAUGCAGAAACGGGGAUUCUCUGGUCGACUCCUGCGAUCGACGCUGGCGAUCGCCUCGUGCUCCUUAACUCGUCUAACCUUCAGGUCCAGAAACUGGCGGAGAUGACCGCCGUGGUGGUGCUCUGGGAAAGUUUCGAUUUUCCGGCGAAUACGCUGGUUCAAGGUCAGAACUUUACCUCGGCCGCCGACGUUAAGUCUACAGACCAGCGCUUUACGAUGAGGGUGGAGGAGAGUUACCUCGCCCUUUACAUGGAGCUCCCCGGAGGCACGCCGCCGGUGAUGUACUGGAGGCACGCAGCCAUGGAAGCCAAGGCCGAGAUCGUCGCCGGCGGAGGACCGAUAUACGCGCAGGUGGGAGAGGGGUUUCUAGGGAUGUACCAAAACGAGUCCGCUCCCGUCGACGUGCUCCCCUUCAAAAGCUUCAAUCUAGGAAUCCGCGGUUUCCGCCGCUUAACCCUAGAAUCCGAUGGCAACCUCCGAGCUUACUACUGGAACGGCACGAUCUGGGCCAAGGACCUUGAGGCCAUCGCCGACCGCUGCGAUAUCCCCACAUCCUGCGGCGCCUAUGGGCUCUGUGACUAUUCAGGCGGAUGCGGCUGCCUCGACGGCGCCAGGAAGGCGGAUAGGUGCCUCCCGGCGGCCUCCGGCGACUUCUGCGCGGCCGGAGCGAACGAGUUCGGAAUCUUGAGGAGGAAAGGAGUCGACUUGGCGAACAAAGUACUGGCGGCGAACGAAAAGGUGGGAUCUUUGGAAGAGUGCGAGGCUUCCUGCGACCGGAACUGCAGUUGCUGGGGCGCGAUCUACAACAACGCUUCAGGUUACUGCUACCGGUUGGACUACCCCAUACAGAGCCUAGUGGCGGCUGACGAGAGCAAGGAGGGGUACUUCAAGCUCAGGCCGAGCGGCGGCGGCGGCGGCGGCGGCCGCAGUAGGAAGGUAAAGGUGGCGUUGCUGGCGGUGGGCAGUUUGGUGUUAGUCGGAACGACGACUGCGGCGGUUGUUGCAUACGGUGUACGGAGGCGGCGGCGGGGAGUGACGGCGAGAGUGGAGGGAUCGAUGGUUGAAGGGCUGACCCCAGGGCCUUACAAAGAUCUCAAUUCAGCUUCGUUUCGAUCUAUCGAGCUCUCCUAA